AUGGAGCCAUAUUUUGCUGGUUUUAAGCAUGUGCAGCAGGACUAUGAAGUCACUCUUGAACUUGCAAGUGAGGACACUCAAAAAACUAGAAAUGCGCAGAAUUCUAGGAUGGGGUCAUAUGGUGUCAGUAUUAGAGUCCAAGGAAUUGAUGGACAUCCUUACAUAGUGCUAAACAAUACAGAAGGAUAUUUGUCAGAAAAUCCUUCUCCUUCUGAAAAAGAACAGCAUGUCAUUUCUCAGACUGUAAGCAAGCCAACCACAGACUCCAAUACUACUUUCAAGUUGGAGGGCAAAAACAGUGAACACACAAAGUUUCCUGGAACACAGCACAUACAACCCUGUAUGCUUAAAAGCCUAAAGAUAACCAAUCUGGAUCAAAAUGAAGAUGGAAUAUCAGAUUUUAAAGAUGGAACAGUGAAAUCUUCCAAUUUGUUGAACUUUCAAAGACAUCCUGAACUUUUACAGCCUUAUGAUCCUGAAAAAAAUAAUGUGAACUUGGAUAAUUACCAGUCUUCUGUGUGCAGUAAAUCUAAAUCCUUUGCAGAUGAAAAAAUUGAAGCAAAACCUUGGAUUUCCUCAUCUAAAUUAGUGUCCCUACAGAAAACAAAUACGUAUCCUGCAGAGGCAACCAAAGGAAAUUCAAAAAAUAUACAUUUGAACAGGUCAGUAGAAAUAGAAGACCAAAAUAAGCAGCCAUUAGAUUGUCCCAGUAGCACGAUCAGCCCCAAAGAAGUGUGUGUUUCAGAAUCAUUUUCAUCUGCAGGAGGUUCCCCAUGUGUUAGUCCUACUGCUUAUCCGGAGACAAGAAAACCUAGACCAGAUGUUCUUCCCUUCCGCAGACAGGAUUCAUCUGGGCCAGUAUUGGAUGACUCACGAAGAUCAUCAUCCUCAUCAGCUACUCCAACUUCUGCAAAUUCCUUAUACAGAUUUUUACUUGAUGACCAAGAGUAUGCCAUCUAUGCAGACAAUGUUAAUCGGCAUGAAAACAGAAGAUACAUCCCAUUUUUGCCUGGAACUGGUCGUGAUAUUGACACUGGUUCGCUUCCAGGAGUAAAUCAGCUCAUUGAAAAAUUUGAUAAGAAAGUUGAUCCUCACAGAAGAGGUAGGUCAGGAAAAAGGAAUAGAAUUCAUCCAGAUGAUCGUAAAAGAUCAAGAAGUGUUGAUAGUGCCUUGUCAUUAGGGCUUGAUGUAAAUUCAGAUUAUUUGGGUGAAUUCAGUAAAAGCUUGGGCAAGUCAACGGAGCACUUACUGAGACCGUCUAAAGUUUGCCUUCGCAAGCAGUUAUCCAGAGAUCAAAAGUCACCCUCCAAAGAGAUGAAGAUUACUGCUCGAAGUAUUGGAAAACUGCAAAUGCCUGAUAAAGACCCUCAGAUCAGCAAUUUCAAUUCUUUGCAAUACCAUAAACAAAAUGGACCUGAUACCGAGAGCUCAACGUUUAGGUCAUCUACUCUUCCAGGACAGAAUAAGAGAGAGGAAGUCAGAACAGUAACUUCUACUUUGUUGUUACCAAACAGAAUCACAGUUCCACCUGAUUCAGGAGCCAAGAAAGUUUCUGUAAAAACAUUUUCAUCUGUCCCUAAUACACAGGCAACUCCUGAUCUCUUAAAAGGACAGCAAGAUCUUGCACAGCAAACGAAUGAAGAGACUGCUAAACAGAUACUUUACAAUUACCUUAAGGAAGGAAGUGCUGAUAAUGAUGAUGCAACAAAGAGGAAAGUCAACCUGGUUUUUGAAAAAAUUCAGACUUUGAAGUCAAGAGCUGCUGGAAAGACACAGGUAAACAAUUUUUUAAGUUAUUCUUCAGCUGAAGUAAAAGUGUUGGUGGAGCAAAAAGCAGAACUUGAAAGGAGAGUGGAAGAAUUAGAGAAAAAACUGGAUUUAGAAAUUAAGAAUCAGCAAAAUUCCAAAGAAGAGAGAGAUGCUACACGAGCAAGCCUGAAAGAACUUCAGUUGCAGCUUGAUGAAAGUAUAUGUGAAAAAGAAGCCUUAAAAAAGCAGCUGGAAGAAAAUGAGAAGGAACUCAGGCAAAACCUAGAAGAGCUUUUUCAAGUGAAGAUGGAGCAGGAACAACACCAGACUGAGAUCAGAGAUCUUCAAGACCAGCUCUCUGAGAUGCAUGAUGAACUGGAUAAUGCAAAACAUACUGAUGAAGGGGAGAAAGAGGUUCUGAUUGAGGAGCUGAUGCAAAUGAAGGAGGAUCUGCAAGAGGUAUUAAUAGCAAAAGAUCAACAAGAAGAGAUUUUGAGAAAGAGAGAGAGAGAGCUUACAGCUUUAAAAGGAGCACUAAAAGAAGAAGUAUCUAGCCAUGACAUGGAGAUGGAUAAACUUAAAGAGCAACACAAUGAAGAAUUGCUCAAUCUACAGCAGAGCCUGGAGAAAGCAAAAGAGAGUGCUGCUGUCCUUGCCGAUGAAAGAAACGCCGCACAAGAGGUGCGGGAUAGCAUAGAAAACCAAGUCAAGGAGCUGACUGUGGAAAAUGAACAGUUGACGAGAACAGUUGGUGAGCUAGAGAGUACAAUUGAAGAAUUGCACAAACAAAUUGAUAAUAUGAAAGCAGAAGAAAAUUCGGUGAAGGAAAAAGUAAAGAGAUAUGAGGAAGAGAAGCAACAAUUAGAAGAAGCUUUGAAACAUGCUGAAAAGCAGGCAAAGGAAUUAUUAGUGUUAAAAAUGUCUUUGGAAAGCCAAGUAGAAGAUAUGCAGGAGAACAUCCGUUGCAUUUCACAGGAACGGCAACAGUUAACUCAACGGUUAAACGAUGAAACUCACCAGAAGGAACAGUUAAAGCAGAUAAAGAAUGAAAUGGAGUAUGAACGAUGGCAACUGAACAAGACUGUUGAAAAGUUGCAGGAGGAGAUGUCUGAAAUGGUAGAGGUAUCAAGAACAUCAACGGUGGACCUUCAGAACCAGCUUGAUGAAUACAAGGAGAAAAAUCGCAGGGAACUUGCAGAUGUGCAAAGGCAAUUGAAAGAGAAAAACCUUGAGGUAGAAAAAUCACGCCUGACAACCAUGAGGAUGCAAGAUGAGAUGCGUCUUAUGGAAGAAAACUUGAAGGACCACCAGAGAGCUCAGGAUGAGGCAAUAACAAAAACUCAGCUGCUAGAACAGACUGUGAAAGGCUUGGAGUAUGAACUGGAAGCCAAAAACCACUUAAAAGAUGAUCGGGCAAGACAAAUCAAACUAAUGGAGGAAAAGUUAUCUCACCUGGAACUUGAGCUUGAUGAAGAAAAGAGUAAUUCGGAUUUGUUGUCUGAGAGGAUCAGUAGAUGCAGAGAACAGAUUGAGCAAAUGAGGACAGAGCUACUUCAGGAAAGAGCUAUGAAGCAAGAUUUGGAGUGUGACAAAAUUUCAUUGGAAAGACAGAACAAAGACUUGAAGAGCCGAAUCCUUCACCUGGAGGGUUCUUACCGAUCCAGUAAAGAGGGACUUGUUGCUCAAAUGGAAGCAAGGAUCACAGAGCUGGAGGAACGGCUUGAAAACGAAGAGAGGGAUAGAGCUAAUUUGCAACUAAGUAACCGCAGACUUGAGAGAAAAGUGAAGGAGUUAAUGUUACAAGUAGAUGAUGAACAUCUCUCAUUGACUGAUCAAAAGGACCAGUUGAGUUUGCGUUUGAAAGCAAUGAAACGUCAAGUUGAAGAAGCUGAAGAAGAAAUAGACAGAUUGGAAAGUGCUAAAAAGAAACUCCAGAGAGAACUGGAAGAGCAACUGGACAUGAAUGAACAGUUGCAAGGACAGCUUAACGCUGCAAAGAAGGAAUUAAGACUGAAGAAGUCACCGAGUAAAGUGUUGGCUGAUUCUGAUGAUGAUGAAGAUGAUGAUUUCAGCACGGAUGGUGAUAGUCUCUGUGAAGUACCUUCAGGAAAUAACUUUUCAAAAGAUGAUGACACAAAAGUCUAAAUAAGUAUUGAAUCUGAUUCAUUGAAAGUACUGGAAGAAUAACACUGAUUAUCAAGAAACUGGAUAUUCUAGAAGCCAAAUGGUAUAAAGGGAUUUAAGAGUUGGGAAUAUGUUUCCAUCUAUACUGUGCCAUUUUCUUUUAUAGAUCUCCACUGUUUAUUAUAGAAAACAGGAUUGCAUUAUAAAACAGCAUAAAACACAGAUGGAUAUAUGUAUAUUAUAUAUAUAUAUAUAUAACUGCUACUGAAAACGUGGGAAAAACAUUUCACAUUGGAAAUGUGAUUUUGCUAAAAUUCUGUUUAAGUAAAAAGCCAUUUGAAAGUAAUUCAAAAUCAGUCUGUAGUUAUUAAAAGCUUUUCCCUAAAAUUAAAGAAACCACAGAAGAUUAUUUAAGAAUUGUAAGUAGGGGGAAAUUAUGUAUAAAAUGUAAAUAUUUUAAACCUGUUCUUUUUUUUUUUUACUACUUUAGUACUAUUUUGUAAAGUUUCAAAUAUUAUAUAAAUCAGUUUCAUAUGUAAA